UGGGUUUGCCAUUUUUUUGGGUUCUAAAGGGAAAAAGAGAGGGAGAGAGAAAGAGGGGGGAAGAAAGUGAAUGAUUUGAUCAAGAAAGAAUGAAGGAAUUGAUGAUGAAGUGAGAGAGAAAGAUAAAAGAAGAGGACCCCACAAUUCUAUCAUCUUCUUCAUCAAUUCUCUCUCUUUCUUUUCUUUUUUAGCCUCAUUUUGUCUUUUAUUGGCCUUAUUGUUGUCACCCAGAUCUUUGCGUUUGUUGGGUGCACCUAAUUGUGUGCUUGUAAUCCCCAACUAACCAAGAUCUGUUAAAUCUCUUCGGUUUCAGAGAUUUCUUGUGCUUCAUUUGUUAUUUUUUAAGACCAGAUUUCAGAUUUUUCUUUUUAAGAGAUAUGGGUCUCUGUAUCUAGACUUUCCUUGUUUUUUUUUUUUUUUAUGUUCACUUCUUGGGAUUUCCAGGUGUCAGAGACCCAUAUCAAGAUCUAGAACACCCACCACCACCACCACCACAACAUUGGCCCCCCCACCCCACCCUCUCCUAUUCUUCUUCUGGGUUCAUUCAAUUUAGUCUCUAUUUGUUCUUUCUUUAUAUUCUUUUCUUUCUCUUGAAUCCCCUAUCUUUAAUUGACAGCUGUGAAGCUGUCUGUACGAAUCAGUGUAUUGCCCAUCAAUACAGAAAGAGAAAGCUCUCUAAUCUUUAUUACUGUUUGUUAUUUGGAUUAAUGUGACAUCUUACCAAAGUGAAUUUGUUCUUACAGAUUAUUACUUUGAUUCUUAAUUAUACUUCUUAGGGGGAGGCCCACUGCCUGGGUUUGGUGGGCUUUCUCUAAUAACCAAUCAGAACCCAUUUCUUGAAAGGUAUAAACUUUCUUUUCUUUUUUUUCUUUUUUUUUUUAAUCUUUUCAAGAUCCCACUUUGGUUAUUAUUAUUACUUUUAAGGUGGAGAGGUGUUGUUGAGGAAGAGGAGAUGAGGUAGAAGAAGACAGUCGGGUUUCUCCUCUUUUCCUUUUUACCAUUUGCCUUUUCUUUUUUCCACAAUUGGUUCCUUCAUUUGAUCUUGUUCCACUUUAUCUACAUCAUUUAUGCCAAACUUAAAGUUGACCUGUACAUAGAAUUCUCCCUUUUUUUUUUUUUUUUUUUUUUCUCUUUAUCAGUUUCUCUAAAUGCUACUUUACUUCUUCAUCACUUGUUUCUCCUUCUUCUUUUUUAAGUCCCUUCCUUUAGAGCCACUGCCUUCAUGGGCAAGUGAGGUUAGAUUGUUGUCACUUUGGUUUUGGAAAGAGUUGUUUUUGUUUCCUUAUUUUGGUUCUUUUAGGAAUACCCUUUUCAAAGCUUGUAUUUCUACUAGAAUUCCUUCAAAAAUGUCCAUGAAGAAAAUGGCUCUAAUUUGUAAUGGAAAGCUAGAACAACAACAACAUCAACAAGCUGAGGAUGAUGAGAUUUCUGAGGUGUCAGUUUUGGACUUGCCAGAAUUGGCGUUGGAAUGCAUUCUUGAGAAGCUACCACCUAAAGGACUUUGUAGUAUGGCAGGUGUUUGUACUUCUUUAAGGCAAAGGUGUCUGAGUGAUCACUUAUGGGAAAGGCAUAUGAAGCAAAAAUGGGGUAAGAUUAUUGGCCCUGCUGCUUACAGAGAGUGGCAAUUUCAUAUAGCUUCAAGAAAUGAUUUUGGCACUUGCAAACAAGGCAAGCAAAAAGGAUUGAUGAGGCUUUUAUCUAUAGUUUGGCCUCCUUCCUGGAUAAGACCAAAGGACGACUGUAACAUUUUUAUCAAGCAGAGGAGUUCUUUGCCUGUUGAUUCUAUCAUGUCUUGGUACCUUGCUCUUGAAACUGGCAGGUUCUGGUUCCCUGCUCAGGUUUAUAACCGUGAGAAUGGGCAUGUUGGGUUUAUGUUAUCCUGUUAUGAUGCUGAUCUUAGCUAUGAUCCUCGUAAGGAUACAUUUCAAGCCAGGUACCCACCACAUGGUAGGAGAGCAACUGCUAUAGAAAAUGGUGUUCCAUGGGAAAGGCUGAGAGCGCCACCUGCUGAUACUUCUCCACAUGAUCUUCACAUCUCUGAUUGCUUAAAUGAAUUACGCCCUGGCGACCACAUUGAGAUUCAGUGGAGAAGAAACAAAGAAUUUCCUUAUGGUUGGUGGUAUGGUGUUGUAGGUCACUUGGAGUCAUGUGAUGGAAAUGAAAAUUAUUGCCGCUGUCAUAAUAGUGACACUGUAGUGUUGGAAUUUCAUCAGUACACUCGUGGCUCAAGGUGGAGAUAUACGAUGAUCAACAGGAAAGAGCAUAGAGAGGAAGGGAAUGAGGCAGAUGGAUUCUAUGGAGGAAUCAGAAAGCUAAAUAGCAAAGAAGAAAUUUCCAGGUGGAAGCAGCUUUGGCCAACUGAAGUCUUGGAAUAGACUUUUCCAGAGCUAAAGUUAAGUUCAAUAAUGUUACCAUCUUAUUCAACAUGGAAGCCUACGUUUUCUUCCACGAAAAAUCGAUAUUUCUCAGCUUACCCUUUAAUCAAAGCAACCUGUAAAAGUUCAGAAUAGGCUUCAGCUGCAUGAAUGCGGAGAUCAUGUUCUUCUUUCUUUUCCUUCUUCUUUUCCUGUUUUUCUUUCAUAAUUUUUCAGUGGCAGGAUUUCAUGUCCAUUUCAUGAUAUCCUGAUUCAUGUAAAAUGUCUCCCAUUGAUGCAAAUUUAAUGUAUAAUGUUCAUGGUACAAUAUAUAUAAAAUAUAUAUGAAACAAAUAUUCCA